AGGAAAAGUGGAAAAUCGAAUGAUUGAUGCAUUUGUGAAACGGCCAGUGAGCUAUGUUUCGAUCACGGAUCGACAAGUGUUACAGUAAAACGUACAAAAAUUUAAGGAUUUCAGUUGGCAGCUUGCACUUGGCCCCUCUGAGAGAGGAAUAAGGCGACCCAAAGGGAGAUACUGUUACGGUUGAGUCUUCGACAGCUAAUUUGCUAGCUAUGCUAACGCUAGCAGGUUAGCUUUGUUUACAUCAAGAGCGCGCCUGCUGCCUGUUUGCUCUUUUCAAACCCGACAAACGCGGGAUAUUAUCAGCAGCUAACGAUUCAUUUGAGCACCGGAGAGAACACGGCGUUGGACGGUAUAUGGACUUCAUGGCUAUCACUGACCAUCUUUUGUGGAGAACAUUUGACUGUUGUAGUAAGCUAACGGUAGCUUCACGAUGCUAACCUUUUAAACAUGGGAUUCAAUGCUAGCCCCUGGGCUCUGUUGACUGUGUGAGCUACUAUUGCCAAACACCUAUUUGGUACUAACCAGUGCAAUAUUUAUUUGUAGUCUGUAAACGUUGUUGGUUAAAAGCAACACCUGAUAAACCAGUGAUGCUAACUCUAACUAGCCACUUUGCUGACCUAGCUCCCGUUGUGCGCGUUUCGUGGUGCCUACUCUACUGUAUCCGUUAUCUCAUGUUGUGCAUAUUAUUAAUCCAAAAAUAAUUCCCGCAUUGACACGCUGGAGUAACAGUGUGUUGCACCUACUGGAUCUUUUUUAUUCUUAUUAUUACUAUCAACAUCCCUUUUCGUCACACUGAGAUUUGGCUGGUUUAUUCUUCACUGAGAGGCGAGAGCGGCUGGAUUUUCACCCUGAGGCUGCGGAGUUUACCGCUAUGGACCCUCCUAAUGCAACCGCUCUGUACGUGUCUGCAAGCCGGGCUGUGCUGCAGUGCGACCCUCGGCAGCCUCACACCUUCGCAGAGAUGUACAAGUUACUGCCCUUCUUCCGACAGUCCCUCGCCUGCCUCGUCUGUGGAAAACUUCUCCAGGAUCCCAUCUCAACAACCAACCCCGAGUGUCCACAUUACGUCUGCUUAGGCUGCAAAGGCCAGAAGAUGCAGAUCAGGUUGGCUUGCAACCGCUGUAAGGACUAUUCCUGCUUCCAGGAGAACAAACAGCUGUCUUUAUUGGUGCAGUGCUACAAGAAGCUCUGCCUCUAUGUGACUCAUUCAGCGCUGCUGCAGUCCAUCAGCAGCCGCGUCGGAGGGUCUCCGGAGGUUAUGGCCCUCCUCGAGGAGGUCAUGUCACACAAGGAGGAGCUGGAGAUAGAGGACCAAAGCUUAGCACAAGGAGAUACAAACCCCUCUGCUGUGGAGUCGCUGACCCCCACGGAGGCCCCGCCUGCCCCAUCGGCGCUGUCGGCCGCACCCCAGAGCUCCUCCUCUGACCCUCCCUGCUCGCUCGCGCCGCAGGAAUGCAACGGAGGAGUGCUGGAGGAACUCGUACCUUCUUCUCCCGAGCUGGAAGUGUGCGAGGUGGUCGAGGAGCAGCCGCAGGGAGGCCUGUCUGUUUCUAGUACUGCAUGCGGUGGUUUGGAACUGAGUCUGACCACUGAACCUUUAGCCCCGACGCCAGGCACUGUGUGCUCACUCAGGGAUGGGGAAUCAAGUAGCAGGGAGCUGGAGGAGGGGGAGGUGUUGCUCCUCAGCGUGGAGGAGGUUUUACAGACCUUGGAUCCCCUUCAGCCCGGUCGAGACUCACUUCACACACAGCCCGAAAGGACGCACACACACACAAACAUAACCACGGACAGGACACACACUCAGAUGUACAUCCAGCUGGACGCGGCUCACGACUACACACAGAUUCCACUGGACAGGACUAACACGGUGACGUCUCACGGUGCUCAUAUACACUCGUCCUUCGAUCCUCCUCCAGCCUCCAAGCCCCCGCCAGUCCGCCUUAACCGGAAACGGUCUCGUUCAGAGAGCGACAGAGAGAAGGUGAAGCCUCUCCCUAUCGCGUCCAUCCUGCAGGGCUCCUCCUCCAAUCAACACACUCCAAACCUCUCGCACACACUACACACUCAGCCGCCCACGCCGACCCUGACUGUACCAGCUCACACGUACUCGUCCCUUUCCAACGGGGCGCCUCUUAAGCCCAGUCGCCCCACGCCAAACUACAACAAAGGUGCCAGGAAGCACGUGGAGCCGAGUCCGAAGAAGCCCCACGCCAAGGCGCGAAGCGGCGGCGGCGGCACCAAAACCAAGGACCGGAGCAAAGACCAGCGCUUGAUGGCAGGAUGCCUGGUGCCCUCGGCACCCGUCCGGUCCCAUUACAAGAAGCCGGUGGAGAAGAAGGGAUGCAAAUGUGGCAGGGCCACACAGAAUCCAUCAGUGUUGACCUGCAGGGGGCAGCGGUGUCCCUGUUACUCAAACCGCAAGGCAUGCUUGGAUUGUAUCUGUCGAGGUUGCCAGAACUCCUACAUGGCCAACGGCGAGAAGAAGCUGGAGGCCUUCGCCGUGCCAGAGAAAGCCUUGGAACAGACGCGCCUGACGCUCGGCAUCAACCUCACCAGCAUCACAGCGGCCGCGGCGCUCCGCAACCCGGCGACCACCAGCAUUCGCGCCAACACGCUCCUCAACGUCGCCACGGCGACGGGGACUCCCGUGGCCACGGCCUUCCUGUCCCCCAGCCCCCCGCAGGAUCCCGGCUACGAGGACAGCCUGGAGCUGCUGAUUGGAUGAGAGGCCGGGACUCCAAAAAUAAGACGGCUCGGUGCUGAUUGAAUGUGACGCCUGAUCAUUGUGUCUGUCAGAAGACCUGUACCCCCCCCCCCCCCCCCCCCCCCCUCCUGUGGGGAGGUGAAUUAAGGCAGCUAUGGGUCUGUUUUGUCCUGUAACCUGCUCUUAUUCUUUUUUUUUUUGUUUUGUUUUUUUUCUGUGUUGGAAAAUGCUGAGUAGAAAGACUAGCAUGGGCGUGCCAAAGCCUCCUGUAUUGUGCCUGUGUGCCAGUUUGUGUUGUUGCCUGUCGGUAGUUAAAUACUUAUACUCAGUUUCAAGGCUGAUCUGUCUUUCAGAGGUGCUUUUCUUUUUGGUUCAUAGACCGCAGACAUACUGUAAGAGGCAAUAGAAACCCAUACCAAGUUUUGUGUUUUCGUGCACACAGAUCUAGACUCAAGUGUUUCUUUCUCUCAUACUUGAUGCACAACGUCUGCAUCAGCAUAUGAAGGUCACAGCAUUCUCCAGGUGUGAGUAUUACUCCCAGUAAUGUUUCAAAAAUACAUAUUUGGUAUCAGAACGGCACUUACUAACUCUUAACCUUGUAUAUGUUCACAUCUUAAUUAUUAAUUGUUCUUGUGAGUGAUCUUUGGCGAUCACCCAUCUCACACAAGACUUUUUGCCUUUUUUUUUUUUUUUAAAUCUCAUGAAUUCAUUCAGUUGUUGUACUAUUGCCUGCAAACAAAUUUGUCUUAAUUAACUUGACUGAUGCAGGCAUUGUAUAGGCAGCAGGAUAAUGUUAAAGCACUUGGCUGGCUCCACAGUUUGCGAGUGUGUAUGUGUGUGUGUGAGUGUUGGAUGUUUGUGUAUGUGCCUGCUGAGAUUGACUGUAAUGUCAGCGGGGAGGCAGAUGGUUGGUUGUAAGCACUUAGUAUGACUGAUUGGCCAAAUUACAACCAAAAACCAUUCUUGGUUAACGAAGCAAUAGGAGCACCAACAAGGAGCCUCCCAGCUCCCGUGCACACGCAGUUGUUUACAGUAUUUUUGCCAUUAUUGACUUUAAAUGACUGUCUUCAACAAGGACCCAUGUUACACUUUGAUUCUGAGUUUGUGUAUGACCCCUGUGUGUGCACAGAUGAACUGAAGCCAUAGGUUGUCAUUACCAAGGCGUUUCUUCACAGUCGCAGUGUCCCGAUCCGUCAGAGACCAACUCAGAGACUAUUUUUGAUAGCAAGUGUUUCAGAUUUGGUAUCACCUGUUUUCUCUUGUGUUUUUCGGUUGGAUCACCUCGGAGUCGGUCUGUAACCCCAAGAGGCCGAGCGUCGUCCAUGUUUUGUGUUUACUGUCAGCUGCAGUACGUCCGUCAGUCCAGUCAUUCUGACCAAAAAAAAAAACAGACUGAAAGGUGAGAAUCUGACCAAACAAACAUGUGGGUUCUCCUCUUAACGACCAGGAAGUAGCAGA